AUGCCGAGCGACCCCCACCAAGGCGGCGACCUCUCCUCCAUGGCCGCAACAGGUACAACCAUGCCCAACGACGCCGGCAACUACAACAUCCUGCCAUCAGUCCCCAACCCCGAACAAGCCGACCAAUCCACCACCGGCGGACUAGGAUCUGCUUCUCUUGCAACUGCCGCCACCAAUGCCACCGAUAUGCCCAAAGCCUCUAAAGACAUUGGUGCUACAGGAGAAGUGGUGACAGGAACUGGCGAUCAACUUCCCGCACAGGUGGAAAGCAAGAAUUUGCAUUUUGGGGCUAACAACCCGCUGGAUAAGGGACAUGAUAGAAGGGAUAAGCAUACUGUACAGAAGGAGAGUGAUCAUGAGAGGUAUGCUGCUGAGUAA